GGAACUGACAACUUAGCGACCCGCAUUCUUUUCGAUCUGGCCCAACCAUUUCAUUCAUUUUGACAUUUAGACCUGCAGGUCUAAUAUACUGCCAACGCAACGCACACAUCAAAACAAACUCAAAGGACCCAGGGGUUCCAAAGGGCACAUCCUUUAAUUAAGAACCUCAGGUGCUAUUCCUCAUUAUUUCUCACUUCGAAUACCUCGACAAAAAGAAAACAAAUCACAACUUUGAGAUUUACGUCGACCCGUCUUGCCUGAGUACACCGAUAAAUGAGGAGCAUCCUCAAGAACUAAAAGCAACCAACCAACAAACAAACAAAACACUUCUGACCAGCACGAGGAGUCUAUUACCAUUAAAGAGGCAGGGGAUGGGACGAAGAUGACUAGUAAUAACAGAGAAUCGGAAGUCCGACCCAGCGUAGAGACCGACCACAGCGAGAUGGAUGACGAAUAUCUUGACAGGGACGAAGGAUCUGAACAGGGAGAAUAUGAAAAUGAGGAUAAGCAUGAGGAUGUGGGAGAAGGUUCAGUAUUGAGCGACCAGACAGAUGACGACGACACCCAUGAUCCAGCCCAAGCAGAUGAUUCAUAUCUUGGAGACCCCGAGUAUGCAGACUCUCACAUCCAUGCCGAUGAUGGCGGUGAUACUAGUUCUCAUCACGAAGCCACGGACGAGGAUGUGUUUAGUGAUAAGAGUCCACGAAGCUCUCUAGGGUCGUACGAUGCCGUUUCUGAGUCCGAUAAGGCACACAAGGACUUUGACAAUAUGACAACUGCGACUCGGUCACCGCCAGUUUCGGAUAUUUCACAACACGAUCGGGAAUAUGAGAAGGGAGAUUUCGUUCCUACCGUUAGAGGAACACCGCGCCCACCGUUUCGGACCCCUUCAGAUGUGCGAGCCAUGCAUAUGUCCUCAUCGCCAUCUUCGGUCCUGGGCUCUCCUCGGUCCACAAAGAAGCAAUUCCCUACCGUUUCUCGCUUGGGGACGCCUACAGCCUCCGCGCAGUAUUCCCCGAAGAGGAUGUCUACUCCACCGCGUUUUAAGGAACGCAGGGAGGCGCCUCUCGUCCUACUCCAUGUCACAUUGCUACCACUAAGGUGGGCAUGGGGCAAUCUACUCAACAAUCUCGAUACGGAUGAUGUGAGCGAGCAGGUGAAGACUCUCCGAGAAUCUUGGAGGCUCCUGCAAGACCGAAUUGGUGACACCGUCAUCGAGAGAGGUAUACUACUAGGCCAUCCUCAGAAUGACUAUGAGGUUCUCGAGGAGCGCCUGCUCGAAGCGCUAGAGUUGCCCUUCCGCCGACGAGCUCGGAUCUUGGAAUGCGGUCAUUACCUCGGCCCCGCCAAUGAAUCAACCCUGACCGAAGAUGAAGAGAGCGAAGAUGAGUGGAGUUCCCAACGAUCUCGUGUUGGGGAUAAGCGGCACUGGUGUGAUACUUGCAAGAGCGAGAUCCGCGGCGACUCUCUCGGCUCAGACAAGAUCUUUCGGGUUAAGGUCUACGCCAGCAAUGGGUUAAUGAGGGCUGGCGCCUGGGAAGCUUGCUGGAAAGAAAUGGAGCGUGUAGAUGUCGAACUAGAACCCAUCGUAGGGCCCGCUUUGCAAGAGGAGUUAGUUCAUCUCGCCGCGACUCACCCAGAGGCGGCGACUGAAAAGGACGCUACGCAGCAUCAGAGGGGCCGGGCCGAUAUGGGCUCCCAAUUCGGGACCUCCUCACCCCAGCCAGAGCUGUCGCGUGUCGGUACACCUAUUUCUGCGGAGGAGCGACUCCGGCGAGAUGAAGAACGGCUUCGCGAGAUCUAUGGGCAUUCGCCAGCACCACAAUCUCGAGAGCCGUCAGUUCAUCCGGGCCAGGACAAAAGGUCACAUGUGCCGCCGUCGCCUCCCUCCGAUAAGACAUAUAAACAAGAGAAAUCUCAUCAGGCUGCCUACCAGAACGCGUCGCUCCCUGAGCUUCUACUUCAGUCUAUGAGGGUUUUACUGGAAGACCGCAGGAAUGUUGCCAUCUUCACUCUCAGCAUUUUUGUGCUUAUGCUUGCCUUUCGGAACGCUCCCACUCCGGCUGAGCCCGUCUACGAGCCAGUGAUCCACCGGAUGAGAGACGUCCCAAUCGCGCGUCGUGCCCAGGUCGUCGAUAUACCUCAGGUUCCUGCCGUCCAGGUAAACUUUCCGACUAUAGAACCGUUAGCCGUGCCGUCAAUUUGCGGUGAGCCUUCCACGACGCCUCAACAACAUGCGCCAUUGGCCGAUCUUGUGGGAAUCGUACCCGACCAAGAGCCACUGGGAACAGUUCAGCACCAAGAUGAACCGGUUGCUGAGUCCCUUAUAGAGACAUCUUCUAUAGAAGAGGAGCAAUCCGAAUCCGAAGUGAAACCUAUCAUUUCUCAGGAGCCUACAGUGGCUGAGACGGACUACCAAGGCGACCUGGAUGCCGUAUUAGAGCAGGAUAUACCCGCUAGCGAGCCUACAGCGGCUCCUGUGGAUUACCAAGAGGAGUCCGUGACCGAAGAGCCUCAGCAAGAGACAACCCAGGGCGAAGCCGAACCAGCCUCAGCGAUUUCCGAAGAAACUUUAGAAGUUGCAGUAGAGCCCACGACAGCCCAGGACAGUACAGCAGCCGCGACAAGCAUAUCCACCGUCUAUGAGCCGUGCAGCACAUUUGCAGGCAUCUACGACCAGUUUAUACGCAUGGCAUUUCAGUCAGAGCAGACUGAAACUGUGACGGAGAAGAAAGUGGUUCGAGUCUUCCACACAGUCACGGAGACGGAGACGGAGCUGGAGACGGCGACCGAAACUGUCAAGAUGUCUGCCACUGAAGUUCCAGCCGAGGCUACACCAUCCGUUGCUGCGGAUGAUGUUCCCCUUGAAGACCCAACCCCAGUCGUGUCAUCGGAGUCAGAUGAGCCAACGGCGGUCGUGUCAUCGGAAUUAGAGGAGCCAAUGGUGGCCGAAGCCGUGGCCGAAACUGUGGCCGAAGCUGCAACUGCAACUGAAGCUGCAACUGAAGCUGCAACCGAAGCUGUGAUUGAAAAUGUGACUGGAGAUGUGACUGAGGAAAUCGAUUUGUAAUGAAGUAGAUACUAAGGUUUAUGUGGGCUACGAGCGAGGGACUUUAUUUGCAACGAGUACAUACGUAAGCGAACUGAAUGGAUCAUGCUAGCGCUUCUGUUUCGCUCUUUUCUAAUGUUUUGACCAUCGUUCUGCGUGGUGGGACAGGAUAGCCUGUCAGUCAAGAUUGCGAUAGAUCGACGAUACCAAUGUAGCAUGUAUGACGAAGCGUCUUCGGACUGCAAAGUUCAUACUCCUACUUGUACAUAAUGCAGCACUUUGAAUAGUUAUUACGGAAUAUUAUGAGAGGAAUUAGUCGUAGGGUUGUCUCCUAAGAUGGUUCUUGGAAGGACGAGUACCUUAGGUGUUUAACCCUAAUGUGAUGCUGAGAAAACAAAUACACAACCUAGAGAGUGAUAGGAGGAAUAUGGAAUGUCUUAUGACGACCAACGCCUCUUAUAAAGUCUAGUCUGUUCCGUAAUACAAACAUUAUCAUCUAUGUUCUAACAGCA